UUUUUCUACAGUCCACGAUUCUUUUUACCAUUCUCCCUGAAUGGAAAUGGUUCAUUCGGCGUUGUUUUCUUCUAACAACCGCCAAAUUGUCACUGUCUUGUUUGUUAAUGAAAAAACCGAAUCUCAUGUACUGCUUACUGUGAGUGUGAGGAGAAGAUAAGGUAGUUUGUCGACAAUGGCGGAGUUAGGGUUUCAGGAACGAAGCUCGUGGAGGCUGGGGUUAAGCAGCCCCGAGUCCAUCGUCUUCACUCUUGAAUCCAACUUGAGUCUCUUCUCCUCUGCUUCUGCCAGCGUUGAUCGAUGCUCAUUUGCAUCUGACUCUCAUGAUCACGACGCUUUUGCCUCUGAAUUCUCCCUGCAUUUGGCAGGGCAUGAGGGUGAUUUUGCUCGCGACGAUAGCUGUAGUGGUCCAGGUCCAGAUCCAAAUCCAAACAAACCUGCAGUACGCAACAACAAGAAGCACGGUCGUUUCGCCAGAAAUGGAGAAAAGGCAAAAGUUCAAAACGAGGACAGCGACGUUGAUAUUGAAGACGAAAAUCAACUACUGGAAUUGGACUCAGCAAGAAACUCUUUCUCUCUGGCCCUCAAAGAAUGUCAAGACAAGAGAUCAAGAUCUGAAGCCUUGUUGAAGAAACCUGCUCCAUUAGAUCUGAACAAUGCCACCGGAUCUUCGCCGCGCCUUGGAACUGUAAAAAAGAGUUCGUUUUCUUCUCGAAGGUCUGGCACUGCCACUUUCCCUAGUCCCGUGACACCCAAUUAUCGUGUUGCAAUGCAAAAGGGAUGGAGCUCCGAGCGAGUUCCUUCGCAUACAAGUGCUACCCGGAAGCACGUGGGUGCGGCUUUGUUGCCAUUCAACAACGGGAGAACAUUGCCUUCCAAAUGGGAAGAUGCUGAGAGAUGGAUUCUCAGUCCUGUUUCAGGAGAUGGCAUUGGGAGGGCUUCGCUUCCCCCACCCCAGAGGAAGCCAAAGUCCAAGAGUGGUCCACUUGGACCCCCUGGUAUUGCUUAUUAUUCCUUGUAUUCUCCAGCAAUGCCAAUGUUUGAAAGGGGGAAUGCAGGGAAUUUUAUGGCAGCUUCUCCAUUUUCGGCUGGUGUUAUCUCUGCUGAUGGAUUCACAACCAGUUCCACUGGCCAUGGUGGAGUACUUCCCACGAGAACAGAACCUUGCAUGGCCCGCUCAGUUAGUGUUCAUGGAUGCUGCUCUGGGAUGCAGAGUCAACCAUCAAAGCCUGCCCAAGAGGAUAAGUUUGAUGGCUUAAAAGAUGUGGGAACCGAUGUAUCUCGUGCUGUUUCGAGGAGGGACAUGGCAACCCAGAUGAGCCCACAGGGUAGCUCAUGCUCCUCUCCCAAUUUGAGGCCUUCUUUCUCUGCCUCCACUCCAUCUGCCUUGCCUGUGACAGAAUUGCGGAGUGUUUCUUUCUCUAAGGCGGAUAUCAGGGAUGUGCAGGUGGAUGAACAUGUAACCAUGACAAGGUGGUCCAAGAAACAUAGGGCCCUAUUCUUUGGCAGAGGCUCAGAAAAUGUUGAAAGCUGGAAAAGGAAGGAAAUAAGCGCUCAAUCUUCAACUUGGGACAUUUCUGAAACCUCAAAAACUGUCUCAAAGGCUAAAAGUAAGGAAGCCAAAAUCACUGCAUGGGAGAACUUGCAAAAGGCAAAAGCUGAGGCAGCAAUACGGAAACUAGAGAUGAAGUUGGAAAAGAGGCGAGCAUCCUCUAUGGAUAAGAUUAUGAACAAGCUUAGAUUGGCUCAGAAAAAAGCUCAGGAGAUGAGAAGAUCAGUUUUACCCAACCAAGUCGAGCAAGAUGUAAGAACUUCCCACAAGGCUUCAUCUUUUCUUAGAACCAGCCAGAUGCGUUCUUUGAGUGGUUGUUUCACUUGCCAUGCCUUUUAAGCAAUCUUUUCUAUUUCAGUGAAACUGGGUUUCAGAAGGAUUCAAAUGAGCCACACAUAUCAAUGAAUGAAAGGUGCACAACAGUGAGCAGCUUACCACGUUGACCCUGAUUGGUGUCGUCGCGGUUUUGCAGUCCAUGAAAUACCAGCUCCUUCUUUGAAGGUAUCAGAUAAAAUCUAAGUUCCUUGUUCCUUCACCCUCGGGUGUUGGAAUCCAAUGGUUAACAAUAUAUGUAAGGAGGCCAAACUAUAGAACAAGAUCUUUUUGUAUUUUUUUUCUCCCUACAUGACAGUAUGCCAUUCAAAACAAAUGUAAUCUAUCAAUAGUAGAACGAUAAAAGUAACCUCUAUUUUUUCGUAAAAUUUA